GAUUUUCCAUUUCCAUUUCGACUUCAACUUCCCCUCCUCUCUCUCUCUCUCUCUCUCUCUCUCUCUCUCUCGCAUGCCUCACUCUUACCCCAUUCACCUCUCUCUCCUCUCCUCCUCCUCUUCCUCCGAUCUCCUUUCGUAGCUUCGGCCCUUCGAUCCGAUGGCCAUGGCGAUCGAUUCGCCCCGCGGAGCGCUUGGUCUCGUCCUCGUCGGCGUCGUCCUCCUCCUCGCGUUGAUGUCGCCGCGCGCGAGGCUCGGAGCCGUGGCGAGGCCGGAUAAGGAGACGAGGGAGAAGUUCUACGGCGAUCUCGUCACGGGAUCCACCCGCAAUAGCACAGGGGAGGGGAGCAUCGCAGAGAUGUUCGAUCGAGUCCUCGAGAAGGAGUUCUCCGAGAACGAUUCGCCCGAAGGUCCUGAAAAAAGUAGCUUCAACAACAGCGUAGCAGAUCAUCAAGCUGUUUUAGAGACUGUAGCUAUUAUUACGCAUGACAAGUCAAAGAAAAAUGGUUCGGAGGAGAAAAGCGCCAGCAAAUCUUUCCAAAUUGGUGAUGUCUUUUCAUUGGAAAAUGAGGGCUCUGAUGAUACGACAACCUUGAUAGAUAGAAAGGACAAUGUCUUUGUGAUGUCAAAUCGUAAAACUAAGUACCCAAUGCUUCAAGUGGAUUUAAGGUUGAUUUCUGAUCUGGUGGUUGUAAUUGUUUCAGCUACUAUUGGUGGUAUCACCUUUUCCUGUUUGGGCCAGCCGGUCAUUGUUGGUUAUCUUCUUGCGGGGUCUCUCGUUGGACCUGGAGGGUUGAACUUCAUCAAUGAAAUGGUGCAGGUAGAGACUGUUGCACAGUUCGGCGUGGUCUUUCUUCUUUUUGCUUUGGGCCUCGAAUUUUCAUUGACAAAGUUAAAAGUUGUUGGACCUGUUGCUGUUUUUGGAGGUCUACUUCAGAUUCUUAUUUUCAUGUCCUUGUGUGGUCUAACUGCGAUGUUAUGCGGCGCAAAACCUUCUGAAGGUGUAUUUGUCGGCUCUUUCCUAUCAAUGUCAUCUACUGCAGUGGUCUCUAAAUUUUUAGUGGAAAAGAGUAGUACAAAUGCUCUUCAUGGUCAAGUUACAAUCGGUACUCUUAUUCUGCAGGAUUGUGCUGUGGGUCUACUCUUUGCUUUGCUUCCAGUUUUGGGUGGUAGCAGUGGUGUUUUCCGAGGAAUAAUGUCUAUGGGAAAGUUGUUGAUGGUCUUGUCCCUGUUUAUAACUGCUGCAACUAUACUCUCUUGGUCUUUUGUUCCUCGUUUCUUGAAGCUUAUGAUUCAGUUGUCAUCACAAACGAAUGAACUAUACCAGUUGGCAUCCGUGGCUUUUUGUUUAUUACUGGCAUGGUGCAGUGAUAAGCUAGGAUUGAGUCUUGAGCUUGGUUCAUUUGUUGCUGGUGUUAUGAUAUCCACCACGGACUUUGCUCAGCAUACCCUGGAGCAGGUGGAAGCAAUACGCAAUUUAUUUGCUGCACUUUUCCUUGCUAGUAUCGGCAUGCUCAUACACGUUCAGUUCCUGUGGAACCAUGUUGAUAUAUUACUUGCAGCUGUUAUUCUGGUCAUUAUAAUCAAGACAAUUGUUGUAACGAUAGUAGUAAAAGCAUUUCGGUACAGCAUCAGAACAGCUUUUGUGGUGGGUCUAUCAUUGGCUCAAAUUGGGGAGUUUGCGUUCGUUUUAUUGAGCCGUGCUUCACAUCUUAAGCUUGUUGAGGGAAAAAUGUACCUCUUGCUUUUGGGAACAACUGCUCUUAGCUUGGUAACAACACCUCUCAUUUUCAAACUAAUACCUGCAGUAAUGCAUCUUGGUAUUCUUAUGCAUUGGUUUCCUUCCGAGAGCAGCAUGCAGAAUGAGGAUAGAGCAACCAUGCUUGAUGUCUACAACAGGUCACUUUGACAUCGCCCACUUAUUACCUAAUAUAAAAAAAAUUUGCAGUUCACCACAGUUCUCCCAACUGUUCAUGCUGCAGAACAUUUCACAACAGAUUUUACAGUUCUUCACUGCCUACAAACUCAAAGUGACGAAUAAAGAAGAUCUCUGCCGUCUCUCACUCGUGAGCAGUUGUUUUGUAAACUGAAACUAGUUACAUUUCUAUGACAUGUAAAUAUGACCGAUAUUGGAUUUCAGAAAAUUCUUUAACACGACAAAAUUUGUAGCCAGGACGUUGUUUUUGAUCUUGAAUAGUUAUUUUUGAUCUUGAAUAGUUAGAAGGGAAGCUUAUUCUAGAGGAAAACCUUCUACCAUUGUAUAAUGUUCAAAAAGGAAGUCACAUGUAAGACUCGGGAAAAUUGAUGAAGCAACCAUUUCUUUCAGCUCUUUUGCA